GCUAAUCGGGAUUAGAUGACUAAGAUGUGUACACUAAGUACGCUUAGGCUGCCUGUGACGAUGACAGUGCAGCCAAUUGUUGACACGGAGGACUCUCCACGUGGAACACAAUGGAAGGGGCCGAGGAUCCACGUCCGCACGGUCGGUCGGACCGGGCGUGGAAACGGGCUCGGAUUGACGUAGUUGUACGUGCUGGACGAGUCAGUGACCGAGUAGACGGAUGGGGAGUGGGGCGGGGACUGAGGAUAACAAUCAUCGUAGUCAGCGUUAACUGUCCUGUACGGUGACACAUCGCCCUCAACGCACGAGACGACGCCACCACGUCAGCUAGAUCGGGAUCUACGUCAGCGCCGACCCGACGUACUCGAGCAGCGCGCGAGCCCUACACCCGGUGACGCGUAGAUCCGCAUUCCAUCGGAAAGACGCGAGCGCUUUAGAGUCCGUGAUUCCCUGGCAUCUGGCCGUUGUAGUAGAGGUACCGGGUCCGCGAGGCGACUGCACAGUACACUGUACUUCCUGUCGUCUUCUCCCAGCCGUCAUUGUAAUCGGGGGACAUGGUAGUUUGUCCGACUGCGUCGUGUAAUUCAUACAGGCAUACAUACAUACACACAUACAUAGUCGGUCCCGGUCAUGUGGGAGUCCGUGCCGCCGGACCAUUUAAUCAUUGUCCCGUCCUGUCCUGCAGGACCCGGUCCGGUCCCCGGCUCCCAGGACCAGGGCGUUCUAGAAGAACGGAGCCUUUCGAGAUGAUUCCCUUUCCUUCGCAGCGUCGCCGUAUGUCUGCAUGACGCUCUUUCCUAUACCGGUAAAAUUUGAUUCCUGCAUGAGGCGAUCUUGCAAACGACAUUUCUCGCAGCACCUCGAGAUGAAUAAGUUACUCCGUGUUGAGGCUGGCACAUCAUUUGUGCGGUGCGGCGCACCAAUCAUUGUAACUAUGGCAUGAUACAGACGUGUAUUCUAGUGCAAGAACCGCAACAAUGAUAUCCUCCGUGCAAGUUAUCGCCGCAUGGACUUGUAAGGCUUUGAUCAGAUUAGAAAAACUUUGAGAAGUACCGAGCACUUUUGGAUUUUUAUAAGACUUGUAAAAAAU